AUGGUGGCCAGAGAAUGCUAUGUCUCCUUAUUAAAGGAGGUUAGAUUGAAGGAGACCAUGAUCAUAGAAGACCUUGAUGUCAGAGACGAAAAGGAGUUAAUCAGAGGGGAACCAGUGGAAGAACUAGUGGAAGUACCUAUUGACCCCACCAAGCUGAUGAAGAUGGUAUCGACCCUUCUUUCAUUACUCAUCACCUCAGUAUUGAGCCCCAAUUUUGGCCAUUUUCGCCAAUGGCAGUGCAUUUUCCAUCCAAAGUGUAACAAUCUCAUCGCUGCUGAAGUAAAAAAGCUGUUGAAGGCACACUUCAUUAGAAAUGUAGACUAUCCCAAAUGGCUAUCCAAUAUGGUCUUGGUUAGCAAAAACAAUGCAAACGUCAUUCCUGACGCAGAAGACCCCAAUUCUUGGGCUCUUAGCGUUGAUGGUUCAUCCCACAAAGAAGGUAGUGGAGCUAUCUUGAUCCUUACCACCCUCGAGGGCGAAUCAUUCAAGUGUGCUCUCCGAUUUUUGUUCCCUGCAAGUAACAACGAGGCCAAAUAUAAGGCCCUAAUAGCAGGUCUUCGACUAGCCAGGGACAUUGGGGUCGACCAUCUCUGUGUGUCUAGUGAUUCUCGGUUGGUCGUCGGACAGAUAACGGACGAAUUCGAUGCAAAGGAGGAAACAAUGCGGUCGUACAGGGACAUCGCUCUUUCUCUCACCCGUCUCUUUAAUAGUUUUCAUAUCAAGCACGUCCCCAGGUCAGAGAAUUCUCAAGCAGAUGAAAUGGCCCAGUUAGCCUUAGCAGACCAAUCUAACCUCAACUAUGGUGUCCGCAUUAAAUACCUGACCCACCUAGUAGUCUCACCAACUCAACAAGAGGUUCACCUGGUCCAAGAUGAGCCUAUCCCAUGGGCCCAAGACAUCAUCCCAUUCUUAGAACAGGACAUCCUACCAGAGAAUAAACAGGAGGUCGACAAGAUCAGAGCUCUGUCGUCUAACUAUUUAAUUAUUGAUGGCAUCUUAUACAAACGGGGAUUCUCACACCCGUUUCUCAAAUGUCUAAAUGCUGACCAAGCUACCUAUGUAAUGAGAGAAAUCCAUGAAGAGGUUUGCAGUAACCAUUCUAGAGGACGGUCCUUAGCUCAUAAAAUCCUUCGCACAGGCGACUUUUGGCCGACGCUCCACCAGGAUGCGACCGACUUUGUACUCAAGUGUGACAAAUGCCAACGGUUUGCCAAUAUCCCCCACGCCCCUCCAACAGAACUGAUUACGCUCAGCAGCCCCUAUCCUUUCGCCAAGUGGGGCAUCGAGCUUGUUGGUCCAUCGCCAACUGGCAGAGGCCAAGUAAAGUUCACUGUGGUCGCCAUCGAUUACUUCACCAAGUGGGUAGAAGCAGAGCCUCUUGCUAAGAUUACCAAGCGGAAUACCACCAAGUUCAUUUGGCAGUCCAUUGUGUGCCAUUUCAGAAUCCUUCAAGCCAUCGUCUCUGACAACGACAAGCAGUUCGACAACGCCAAAUUCAGAGAAUUCUGCGCUAAGCUUAACAUCAGGACUAGUUUCUUCUCUCCUGGCCACCUCCAAGCUAACGGGCAGGUUGAAGUCACCAAUUGCUCUCUGUUAAAAAUAAUCAAGACCAAGAUGGAAGCCACCAAAGGACUCUGGGCAGACGAACUCCAAAUGUGCUCUGGGCCUACCGAAUGA